UCCUGAGGCGGGGGAAGGUCCGGGCCUAGGCUGCUCUGCUCGCGGCCGGGCCCGUCCCGAGGUGACGCCCGCCCCCGGCAGAGCUGCCGCUGCCCGGGCGCGGGGAGCGUCGAGCAGCCAGUAUUUUGGGUAUUACACUGAAGCCAAAGCAGCAAGACCACACGUAAUACAUAAAUAACACAAAUUGAGAUUGAUUAUGAAGACCUUUUGUGGAAGAGCUAAUCCAACCACUGGUGCAAUGGAGUGGUUAGAAGAGGAUGAGAACUAUGACUACCAUCAGGAAAUCGCAAGGUCACGCUAUGCAGAUAUGCUUCAUGAUAAAGACAGAAAUACAAAGUAUUACCAAGGUAUUCGUGCUGCAGUGAGCAGAGUAAAAGAAAGAGGUGAGAAAGCAAUUGUUCUAGACAUAGGGACUGGCACAGGGCUCCUGUCUAUGAUGGCAGCUUCAGCAGGUGCGGAUUUCUGCUAUGCAGUUGAGGUUUUCAAGCCCAUGGCUAAUGCUGCUGUGAAGAUAGUAGAGAAAAAUGGUUUUCGUGACAAGAUCAAGGUAAUCAACAAGCACUCCACUGAAGUCACAGUUGGCCCAGGUGGAGAUAUGCAAUGUCGUGCAAACAUCCUGGUAACAGAAUUAUUUGAUACAGAGCUGAUAGGAGAAGGAGCUUUACCAACCUACGAGCAUGCACAUAAAUACCUUGUACAGGAAGGAUGUGAGGCAGUGCCUCACAGGGCAACAGUGUACGUCCAAUUAGUGGAAUCCAAAAGAAUGUGGUCCUGGAACAAACUGCUGCCUGUUCAUGUCGAAGCAGAGGAUGGUGAAAAAAUUAUUGUCUCCCCUUCAGAAAUGGAGAACUGUCCAGGUGUGCCUUCUGUUUGUGAUAUCCAGCUGAACCAGAUGCCAUUGAAUGACUUCACUAUCCUUAGUGACGUGGUGACAAUGUUCAGUGUGGAUUUCAGUAAGCCAGUAAGGAGUGCUUCUACCUACUAUAGAGUGCAGCUGGAGCCUGUAAAAUCUGGCAAGGCACAAAUCAUACUUUCCUGGUGGGAUAUUGACAUGGACCCCUCUGGGAAGAUAAAUUGCACAAUGGCUCCAUACUGGGUAAAAUCCACUUCUGCUUUCCAGUGGAGAGAUCACUGGAUGCAGUGUGUGUAUUUUCUUCCAAAUGAGGAGCCAGUUCUCCAGGGUGAGACGGUAUACCUGACUGCCUGUCGUGAUGAGUACUCCGUGUGGUAUAAGCUGCAGAAAGCCAGAGGAGCAGAGGAGAAUAAAGCAGAUGUUUGUGUUGAGAGUCCUGUUUGUAGAUGUCAGGCUCAUCUUCUUUGGAAUAGACCGCGCUUUGGGGCAUUAAAUGAUCAGAACCGAACAUACCAAUACAUCAAGUCUUUGAUGAAAGUUCUGAAAACAGAUAGUGUUUGCCUCUGUAUCAGUGAUGGCAGUCUGCUGCCUGUGCUGGCUCACUAUCUUGGAGCAAAGCAGGUGUUUACAUUAGAAAACUCUGCUGUGUCCUGUUCUGUCAUGGAAAAAUUUUUUAAAGCAAAUCAUCUUGACGAUAAAAUUAAAAUAAUAGAAGCACGUCCCGAGUUGCUGACGACUUCUCAUUUGGAAGAAAAAAAGAUUUCUGUUCUUGUGGGAGAGCCAUUUUUUACUACGAGUUUGUUGCCGUGGCAUAACCUGUAUUUCUGGUAUGCUAGGACAGCUGUGACCAGUCACCUUACCAGCAAUGUCACCGUCCUACCUCAAUCCGCGUCUUUGCACAUGAUGAUUGUGGAAUUUCAGGACUUAUGGAGAAUCCGGAGUCCAUGUGGCACCUGUGAAGGUUUCGAUGUCCAGACUAUGGAUGAUAUGAUUAAAAAUUCUCUGAAUUUUAGGGAAUCCAGGGAAGCAGAACCUCACCCUCUGUGGGAAUAUCCGUGCAAGUCACUCUCUGACCCCCAGGAAGUUUUGACAUUUGACUUCAGAAAGACUGUACCACAACAUGGUCUUGGCACAGAGGGUUCUGUAAAUCUUUUACGAAAAGGAAAGAGCCACGGAGCAGUUCUGUGGAUGGAAUAUCAUCUUGCUGCUGAUAUCUCUGUUAGUACAGGACUGAUGCAAAUUUCAAAUGAAAAGGGAAACUGUGAAUGGAAUCCCCACUGCAAGCAAGCGGUCUAUUUCUUCAGUUCUGUUAUUGAAUCAGAAACUCUGUCAGACCUUCCUAGUGCUGUCUUGUAUGCUAUAAAUUUUGACACAAAGACAGGAGAGAUUGCCAUGGAUUUUAAGCUAUUUGACUUCAGCAAAGUGAAAGGAAUGCCAUAAAGAAGCCAUGAGGGAGCAGGAGCCUACUCCACUUUGCUUUCCUGGUCACCAUGACAAAUAAUUCUGGUGAGUAGGAAUUUUUCCUCUUUCUCUUCCUAGGAGUGUGAUCAUAUUUGUAGACCUGGAAGCCAUCUGAAAUAUUCCUCAAUUUUUCAGAACUAUUUUCCUGACAAAGGCCUUUACACUUAAUAGAUGUAAGGCAGCAAUGAAAUACAUGAUUAAUGUUUUUCACUAGAACAGAAACCCUGAAGCUCGUACUGAGAUCUGUGGAUUUCACUUUUCAAAACUGUACUUGUAAGAUGCUUAACUUCAGACUCUCAUUUCUUACAAACUUUUCUGGAAUAUAUAGGUUACUGUUCAUUAAACAAUUGCUCCUAAUUUUGAUACACUGCGCCUAGCCCACAGGAAGUAUGGUGGCACAAAUCUAUUUGUUAUAUGUUGGGAACAUAAGCUGUACCAUUGUAAAGGGAACAAUAAUAUGGCCAAGUCUUCUAAAUGGUAAAGGCUUGGCCCUUUAUAAUAAUUAAAAAAAAAAAAAAAAAAAAAAAAAGGCACAGAGACAGUUGUGCAGGUCUGAAUGCAUAAGGCUUGCAUUGUGUAUGUAGCUUCUCAUCUCCUGGAGGAGGUAACACAGCAGAAAAAACUUAGAUGCUGCCUCCUGUGUUUGCUCAUGGCCUGACACAGAAAGCAUGAGCUGCUGUUCUUGUUCUGCAGUAGGAAUAGCUUCUGAAGGUGCUUUGCAUUUAACUGCACACAUGAUUCUGGAUUUAACAGAAGCAUACAGUGUUCUGAAGGGAACACAGAACUAAUAGACAGCACUAUAUUAGAAUUUUUAUGUUUUAAAAAUAAAAGUAAGAUGGAACAAAACCACAACUGAAUUUACAGUAUUUUAAUGUCUAGUGUUAACUUUCUCAAAGGUAACUGUCUAUGUAUGUGCCUGAAUCAUACUUCCUAAGAAAAAAAACCCAGAUAAAUUUGCUAAAAUGCCAAAGGGAGGAAAUCUACAUUGAUGGGAAUUUGUAUUUUGUUAUCACUGUUAUAUAUGUUGAAGAUAUGUGGGCACUGAGGUAGAUACUAGGCAUGGUGACUGAGAGGUAUUUUUAAACCCGUUUGGUAUUGUGAGACUUGGGACUAUUGACAUUCUCAGAGGUGGGUGUAGUGAGAGUGAAGGGCAUAGGCUAUAUGUAGUAGCUAGCAUAUCUGUAGAACUGUGCUUCCAGAAUGAACUGUGACAAUUAGUAUGAAUCACAUUAUCUGCAUGUGAGGAAAAACAUCUUAAAUUUUUAUACACCUGGAGCAGUAAUUGUAUUGCAGCUGUCCAAAAAAAUAAAAAGGCUGGAAAGCUGGAA